ACUUGCGCAAUAGCCAUGUCACAAAUAAUCAACAUGGCGACGUCCUUACAGCGCAUUACCUCCGCUGGGAGAUAUCUUGUAAAACGGAAUUUAUUGAAGAGUAAUGUCUUAACCAGGUCCAUAGUUGGAUCACACAGACUAUUGGCUACACAGGCCGCCAACCAAGUGAUGUUAAAUGUCCCUGAAACCAAGGUUACCACCUUAGAAAAUGGACUACGUGUUGCAUCUGAGGAUUCCGGUCUUUCGACUUGCACGGUUGGACUCUGGAUAGAUGCAGGGAGUCGUUAUGAGAAUGAGAGGAACAAUGGCACUGCUCAUUUCUUGGAACACAUGGCUUUCAAGGGUACAAGGAAGCGCUCCCAGCUUGACCUGGAGCUGGAGAUUGAAAAUAUGGGGGCCCAUCUGAAUGCUUACACCUCGAGGGAGCAGACUGUGUAUUACGCCAAAGCAUUCACAAAGGAUCUUCCCAGAGCGGUAGAGAUCCUGGCAGACAUCAUCCAGAACAGCACAUUGGGGGGAGCAGAGAUCGAGCGAGAGCGAGGGGUCAUCCUCCGAGAGAUGCAGGAAGUAGAGACCAACCUGCAGGAAGUGGUGUUUGAUUACCUCCACGCCACAGCUUAUCAAGCCACAGCGCUGGGCAGAACCAUCCUGGGCCCUACGGAGAACAUCAAAACAAUAAACAGAGGAGACCUUGUUGAAUACAUCACUACUCACUACAAAGGACCGAGAAUAGUGUUGGCUGCUGCUGGAGGGGUUUCACACAAUGAAUUGAUAGAUUUGGCCAAGUACCACUUUGGGAAUCUUCCUGCCAGAUACAAGGGAGAGGCGCCAACUUUCCCACAAUGUGACUUUACUGGAAGUGAGAUCCGAGUUCGUGACGACAAGAUGCCCCUGGCACACAUUGCCAUUGCUGUGGAAGCAGUGGGCUGGUCGCACCCCGAUACCAUUCCCCUUAUGGUGGCAAACACACUCAUCGGCAACUGGGACCGCUCCUUUGGUGGGGGUGUGAAUCUCUCCAGCAAGCUGGCGCAGAUGGCGUGCCAGGGCAACCUGUGCCACAGCUUCCAGUCUUUCAACACCUGUUACACCGACACAGGCCUGUGGGGACUCUACAUGGUGUGUGAGCCUGGCACCAUCAACGAGAUGAUGCACUUCGCCCAGCUGGAAUGGAUGUCACUCUGCACUAGCGUUACUGAGAGCGAAGUUGCAAGAGCCAAGAACCUCCUCAAGACAAACAUGCUUUUGCAUCUUGAUGGAUCCACCCCCAUCUGUGAGGACAUCGGCAGACAGAUGCUUUGUUACAGCCGUAGGAUCCCUCUGCAUGAACUGGAGGCCAGAAUUGAUGCCAUAGAUGCAAAGACCAUCAAGGACGUGUGUACAAAAUACAUCUAUGACAAAUCGCCUGCCAUCGCAGCAGUCGGACCAAUCGAGCAGCUCCCAGACUACAACCGAAUUCGCAGUGGGAUGUACUGGAUGAGAACCUGAGAAUUGGCGCUCUCUUUAGAUACUUAGGAAAGUUAAUAACAGCGAGCAGCCAACUGUACAGUAUAUCAACUUUUACAAACAGAGUUUAAGUUGUGGUUUCUUUUAAUUUUAUUAUAAAAUAAAGACCAACACAAUAAUGUUAAAAGAAGAA